UCUGUUUACAAUUACACCUCAUUUGCCAUUGAAAGUUGUAAACUCCCAUGUUUGUCCUCACCCUCGUGACCCGGCGCGCGGCGGGGGUUUCAUUAAUUCAUGAGAGGUGUCUUCUAGGUACGUUUUCCGCGGGGAGAUUGCGCAGUGCGACUCAUUUCAUCAGAUGCGGUAAAGAUACCGCAGUCCCCGGUCGUGGUGUGUCGCAUUAACUUUUGUUUUGUUACAUAAAAUGUUAUAAUUUAAAUACGACUGAUAAAUAAAACUGCUGAAUAAAAUUAGUUAUAGUUCAACAUAUCGGUACAUAUCGGUAAAAUGUUUCUAAUUUACAUAAUUUAUACAGCGUACUUAGGUCGUGCGGAAUUUUGAAUAGCAAAUGAAAAUAAAAAUAUUUACAAAUGAAUUCAAAACUCAGCAAUGAAAUGGAAUCUAGGUCUAACGAAACGCAGUUUAUUUAUAUAUUUCACAUUGCUGUUUCUAUUAUAUUUAUUAUAUGUUACGAAUAUUUAUUUAGUUGACGAAAAAAAGCUGGGAAUGCAAUAUUUAAAUUUAGGACAUCAUGUUUCCAAGUAUAAAGGUUUAACUAUACGAAUUGGCGCGCUUUUUGGUUACACUUUUAAAGAAAAUAUGUUCCGUGAUUUUUAUAACAGAAGCUUGCCUACGAAGAGACUGCCUGAUGCCUUGAUAAUAGGAGUUAAGAAAUGUGGUACACGUGCCCUUUUGGAGUUUUUAAGGUUACAUCCAGAUGUGCGCGCUGCCGGAUCUGAAGUGCAUUUUUUUGAUAAGUACUAUUAUAAAGGAUUCCAAUGGUACAGAGACAGAAUGCCACUUACCAUCGAAGGCCAGAUUACUAUGGAGAAGACACCGUCAUACUGGGUGACGCGGUCAGCGCCAAGAAGGGUGUAUACUAUGAAUCCUGCGGUCAAAUUGAUAGUGGUGGUUAGAGACCCCGUCACACGCGCCAUUAGUGAUUAUACACAGUCUGCCAGUAAGCGUCCAAGUUUGCCACGCUUUGAGGAUCUGGCGCUGAUAAACGCGACAGUGGGCUGGGGUGGUCCAUGGUCAGUGAUAGACUCGUCUUGGCCGCCACUGAGACUGGGGAUCUACGCUCGGCCGUUGCGUCGCUGGAUCCGACGGUUUCCGAGAUCGAGGAUCUUGUUCAUAAGUGGCGAAAGACUCGUUUUGGAUCCUGCUGCCGAAAUGGCUAGGGUACAGAAAUUCCUCGGACUCAAAAUUGUGAUAACUGAGAAGAAUUUUUAUUUUAAUUCUACUAAAGGAUUUCCAUGUCUGUACAAGUCAGAGAGCAGCACUCCACACUGUCUUGGUAAAAACAAGGGAAGGAGUCAUCCGUUCAUUGAUCCAGUUGUGAUAGAAAGGUUGAGAGAAUUUUAUAAACCGUACAACGAAAGAUUUUACGAACUUUCCGGUAUUAAUUUCGGUUGGCCAUAGACCGUAGACCAUAGAGUUACUUCCGUCAAUUUAAAUUUAAAUAUAAAAAGAAUAAUUUGCU